AUGACCAUCGAACAGCCUCAGUCCCACGUCCCCCCUGAGGCGGAAACCCCCAUAUCUUCAACUAAACUGAAAUUGAGCUCUCCAUGUUCCAACUGCCUGGCUCAGAACAAGCCAAGCUGCCACAUCUACAAGAACAAGAAGUCCCAAACUGCCCAGGCCCGAGCUGCCCGCCGUCCUCGCCGCAUUAUUGCUAUCCAACCUCGAAACCACCAGACGCAGCAGCCAACACAAGCCGCAACAACAUCUCAGAAGGACACCAACGGCCCCCAAUGGGAAACUGAUACUCCCUUGCGUCAAGUUUCUGAAGACACUUCGAGCCCUUUGACAUCACGUGAGCCUCUCAAUGAGCAACAACGAGAUGCUUGUCGGAACUGGCGGGGCUCUGCGUCUCAGUCCGCCUCUUCCGCACCCUCCGAGGCACUCAAACUGCCCGAUAAGUCUCUUGCAGACGAGCUGAUCCAAGUCUACUUCAGUCGCAUCAACCCAGGAUGGCCCAUCGUUGACGAGGAAGAUUUCAUGGAUAGAUACAAGUCUACCGAUCCUAGAAAAUCGGUUCCUCUCCUGCUCCUCAACUCUAUCCUCCUUGUGGGUGCUCACGUAUCGGCAUCACGGCGCAAUGACUACAAGUCGCUCAAGGCUUGUUUCUUCCGCCGAGCCAAGAUGCUCAUCGAUGUACAAUUUGAGGAUGACAGAAAGGUAUACAUCCAGGCGGCGCUCCUCAUGACGUGGAAUUGUGAUCACCUCGAGGACAUUGUUUCCAACUCGUGGUAUUGGAUUGGUUUCGCGGCGCGAACAGCGUUGGGUUUAGGCAUGCACCGCGACACUUCGCAAUCUCGAAUGUCGGCCGUUACAAAACGAGAAUGGGUUCGGCUGUGGUGGGUGCUGUUCCAGUUCGACGUCUUAGUGUCUGUAGCGCAUGGACGACCUCAAGCCAUAAGACGGCUUGAUGAGUCCGAUACUCCACCUCUGCAGGAGUGUCACUUCGAGGGAAUUCCCGGUGCCAAAGUGGCCUUCGUGACAGCGCAUACUCACCUAUGCGUCAUCCUGUCCAAGUCAAUGCGACAGAUCUUACAGCUAAAGUCUAGUCCAGCAGAGAGGGCAGAUGCGAAAAGGCAGGCUGGCGAAUCCCUUGGCCAAUUUGUAACGCAUCUGCCUGACUGUCUUCGUUUGCCUCAGCCUCAGGCCGAUACUUGGCAAUCAUUUCUCUACCUUACCUACAACAACUUCCUCAUCCUCCUCCACAGACCUCCCGCUCAGCCCAGCCCCAACUCGUGUCUAGCAGCUACGUCAGGCGAUUCGUCCAUAUGUGCUGAUGCUAUUGCGGUUAUCACAUCGACCUUUGACUUUAUCGGAGCGACAAAUGCGUUUGGCGAGUUGGCACUACCAUCCGUCUACACUCUUUUCACCUCCUUGGUUCACGGCAAGCUGUGUGGGAAAGCCAACAAAGGAAUCGGUGCGACGGCCAAGAUCAAUAUUCUGCUGCGGAUCAUGAACAUCACCAAACGGAUGGUGUUGAUGGGGAUAGUCUUGACCUUUUUCUCACAAGGUGUCUCAUGGACAUAUCGCCCAGCAUCGGUUUCGGUCCCACAAAUGGGCCUAACAACAUGA